AUGCCAGCGCCCAAGAACAAAAAGUCCUUGAAGCAAGGGAGCUUGUUUUCCUUCUUUUCCGCAGCUCCAGGUGGUGCCAAGAAGGCUACACCGAAAAAGCAGUCCACUCAAACCAAGAGCACGUCCAGCAAGGCAAACAACAACAACGACAACAACAGCAACAAGAAGGAAACCAAGAGCAAAAACACGAAGCCAAAAACCAAACCAUCAAGUACGGACUCCGCGUCUCCAGUCGCCGUCUCUCCCAGCGAUGCCCAACCACAAUCACAAAAGUCCAAUGCGGCUCGCCAAGCAACCUCGCCGCAAAAGAAAACCCGCAACACCUUGUGGCAACAAGUCCAAGUCGGACACACCCUUCUCGUUUUCUGGCCCAAUGACAAGCAAUAUUACAAGGCGGUCGUCAAGUCUUGCCACGGAAAGUCUAGGUUUACUUUGGAAUACGAGGAUGGCGAAGUUGAGCAACUCGACUUGUCCACGGAACAAUUCAAAUUCUUGAGCAAAACUGUUCCAUCGAACAAGAAUAGUAACAGCAAAAAGCGGUUGCAAAUUGAUGAUGAUGAUGACGAUGAAGAAGAAAUGGAAUGGGACGAUGAACAAGAGGAAGAGGAGGACGAUGAUGGAUCCGUAUACGAAGCCAAGGACCAAGAGGAAGAUGAUGACGAAGAGGAAGCGGAUCAGUGGAUGGUAACAGACAAUGAAGACAACGAUUACAAUGAUAAUGAGGGGGAGGAGGAGCCACUAGCAGAUCGGCCCAAGAAGAAGCGCAAGACGACGAAGGCAGCCUUGAAGGUGACGACUCAUCGUACAUCUUCUUCUUCUUCUCACACACCCACAAGCAAGGCCAGCAUUGCUACCAAAACUCCUCCCAAGAGUGCUUCUUCGUCCUCUUCGUCUACCUUUUUCAAGCCGGGAUCCCUGCAGCAGUUUGCCAAUACAGUCUCGCCUUUGACGACUCAUACUACUCCCACUCGACCAGCUAUCGCGCCACGCAAACUGGCGUCGACCACUCCGCCAAAGUCAUCGAGCAGUACUACUUCAAAAGCAGCAGGCAAUAACACCAACAAAACCAAAGCCUUGCCCUUUCAAAAGGGCGUUGUCAAUCCAAGAGGCGCCCAUGUUCACAAUCAUUUGCAAUUUGUACAAAAUCCAAGGGACAGCAUGAAUCGAGGUCAAGAUGAUCCGGACUAUGACCCUCGAACCCUCAAAGUGGACGAGAACGAAUGGAAUCGGGUCUACGAUGGCAAAAUGACCAAUGCGGUCAAGCAAUGGUGGGAGCUCAAGUCGAGGUACUUUGAUACAGUCUUACUCUUCAAGACGGGCAAAUUCUACGAAAUGUUCCACAUGGAUGCGGACAUUGGCGUCGAAGUCUGUGGGUUCAUUUACAUGAAGGGUCAUGUGGCCCAUUCGGGAUUUCCCGAAAUUUCCUAUGGUCAAAUGGCCGACAAGUUGGUACGAGCGGGAUACAAGGUGGCCCGAGUGGAACAAACGGAAACUCCCGAAGCCUUGAAAGUCCGCAAGGCCAAUACGCCCAAGGGGCAAUCCAAACCACAAGUGGUGAAUCGAGAAGUUUGUUCCAUUUUGACUUUAGGUACUCGAACCUUUUGUUGUCUGGACGAUGUCAAUGCGCUGGCCAAUUCAGAAACGAAUGGAUCUGGAGUGGGGCCAUUGCUGGCCAUUCAAGAAACACUACUGGAACAACAAGAUGGUGAGAGUACCAUGCAAGAUAGUGAAGAAGAUAAUGAUGAUGAAGUCAAGCCAGUCUGUGAAUAUGGAAUUACCUUGGUGGAUGCCGUCAAUGGAGCCGUCACCAUUGGUCAAUUUGCGGACGAUGUAUUGCGAUCGAGAAUGAGCACCCUCUUGACUUCCUUUGCGCCCAGUGAGAUCUUGCUGUCCAAGCAAGCCUCUCCCACUCUCAAGUCGCAAAUCAAGGUGUACCAGACCAACUCUAGGAAUGGUACCCGAGUUGAAGUGAUUGCGGAUACGGAAAGUUUUCCUCAGUCGACUGCCUUGGAACACAAGCAUCGUGCCAUGUUGCAACGCAAGACGUCUCAUAUACAUCCUUGGGAUAUAGAAGAAACCAUGGCGGAGCUCCAUCGUCGUGGAUACUAUCCUCGAGGAUCCAAACAUGACAAGCUGAAUACUAGUCGGUGGCCAAAAAUGUUGCAAGCGGCCAUUGAUGGUAAGGCACAACUAUUGCUCCAAAGUUUUGGAGCCAUUCUCUUUUAUUUACAGCGCAACUUGAUUGAUCAAGAAAUCUUGAGUAUGGGAAUUGUCAAGGCCUACCUUCCGCCACCAUCGUCUUGCAUUAAUCAGCAAGAUCAAACGGCAGAAGCCGUAUUGCAACAACAUGAAGAGGAUGAACCUAUGGCUAAUACUGCUACUGCUGCCACAUCCGCAACACCAGUUUCAAUGUCUCAAUCUCCAGGACAAGCGGCAGUUUCGCCUUUGGGCAGCAUUGAACCAGUCCAAAAUGCGGAAGGCAGCAUCAAGAACAUGUCUUUAGAUGGAACCACUUUGCACAAUUUGGAAAUUCUGACCAAUGCGGUGGAUCACAAAGCGACAGGGUCCCUUUGGAGCAAGAUCAACUACACCAAGACGCCACAUGGUGCACGAUUGCUGCGGGCAUGGUUGCUGCGACCACUCUUUCAAAAGGGGGACAUUGAGCGACGUGCAGAUGCCGUUCAAGAAUUGGUGGCGGGUGCUGGAGCUGUGGCCUUGAAUGAAGCUCGUCAGAACAUUUUGAGCAAGAUUGGAGAUUUGGAUCGUCUGUUGAGUCGAUUGCACAGUAUGAGUGGCCCAACGGACCACAGCAACGAAAAUGCAGAAGCCUAUCAUCCCGGUGAACGAGCUGUCUUGUACGAAAGUGCUACGUACAACAAGCGCAAAGUCGGCGACUUUUCCAAGCUGUUGAACGGUUUGCGACGAGCUUGUCAAAUUCCAGAGCUCUUUGCGGAUCUGGAGCUACAAGAAGGUGGUCAAUUGAAGAAGAUUGUGAGACAAACUUCGGAUGGAGGUUUCUUCCCUUGUAUGGUAGAUGAAAUCGACUGGUACUUUGACAACUUUGAUUGUGAAAAGGCGGCCAAAGGUGAUUUCGAACCAGCUCGAGGAUGUGAUCAGGCCUACGAUGAAGCUUGCGAUACCAUCGAACGCAUCAAGGCCGAACUCGACGAUCACAAGCGAGAAAUGUGUGCCGAGCUCAGACAGAAUACAAAACAUUACUGGAAGUACGUCAACGUCAAGCCGGAUUCGAAAGACAAGUACUUGAUUGAAUUGCCAGCAGAUGUCAACGUCCCGGGCGAUUUUCAGGUCAAGGGAAAACGAGGAAAGGGUGCCAAGCAAAUCAACAAGUACCGCACUAGCUUUGUAGCUGGCCUGGUGCACGAGUUGGAACGAGCCUUUGAAGUGCAAAAGGAUCGGAAAGCGAAGGGAAUGCAAUUGAUUUUUGCUCGAUUCAACAAGCAACGCAGUCUCUGGGCAGCUGCAGCUCAGACCACCGCCAUGCUGGAUGCACUUGGUUCUUUGGCCAAGACGGCUGGAAAGGCUGGUUUCUGUCGACCAACCAUUCUCGAUUGCAGUCCGAAUGAAGAACCUACUAUCAAUAUUGUCCAAGGAAGACACCCCUGUGUGGAAUCAAGCAUCAACUCGGAUGAUUUCAUUCCAAAUGAUCUUACUCUUGGACGCAAGAGUAAUUCAGAAAGGCUAUUGCUCUUAAGUGGUCCAAAUAUGGGAGGAAAAAGUACCUUGCUUCGACAAACUUGUUUGAUUGCAAUCCUCGCUCAGAUUGGAAGUUUUGUCCCGGCGGAAUCUUGUGAGCUCACCCCAAUUGACUGCAUUUUCACUCGAUUGGGAGCCUCCGAUCGAAUCCUCUUGGGCCAGUCGACCUUCUUUGUCGAACUUGCCGAAACAGCUUCAGCCCUCCGUGGAGCAACUCGACGCAGCCUUGUCAUUAUGGACGAGCUAGGUCGCGGAACGUCCACCUUCGACGGUACCGCUAUUGCAGGAGCAACAGUCAAGCACUUGGUGGAACGCAGUCAAUGCUUGAGUUUGUUUGCGACCCAUUACCACUCCCUACUCAAUGAGUGGGAACAUGAACCAAAGGUCCGACUCGGUCACAUGGAAUGCAUGGUGGAAGAUGGAGAAGAAGAUGCUCCUGAUGACAGUCGGGUCACCUUCUUGUACACACUUGGACCUGGAACUUGUCCCAAGUCCUUUGGUAUCAACGUUGCUCGGCUUGCAGGUCUACCCCAACAAGUUCUCGUCAAUGCCAAGCGGGUCAGUGAAGAGUUCGAAGCCGAAAUGAACGAUCGUCAUCAAAAGAAACCUCGUAUUAGCUCUGAAGCCGCCGUCGAUUUCAAACAGAAGAUUACAGAUGCCAUUCAGUCUCAAGAUUGGGACAGUCUCCGAGCACUACAAAACGAAUUGAAAGCCUCUGCAUGA